CCCGCUCAAGAUUUGCGGGCUUCCUUAGCAACCGCCCUUCGAUACGAACUGUGAAGGAUCUUAGCAACCGCUCUUCGAUACGAACUGUGAAGGAUCUUAGCAACCGCUCUUCGAUACGAACUGUGAAGGAUCUUAGCAACCGCUCUUCCAUACGAACUGUGAAAGACGCGAUGCGAAGCGUCCCUGGCUCCGAGACAACAGAAACAUGGAGCCUCAGGAGCCAACUUCUCCCGCAGACGAGGCAGAUGUAAACAGAUUUCAGAAGACCGAGUCAUGGUUCCAUCUCCCAGCAGAAGAGGACAGGAGUCAGUUCCUGGGUCUGGAAUUUCAGGACAGUCGUCUGUCGCCUGCCCUUGCUCUGCUACCAGAGUACGACUUCUCGGGAUACUCUCUCUUCCAACAAACAACAGACUUAGAGUUUGCCCCUUUAAGGGGGUCUCCAGACGUGUCUGUAGCCUCCGAGAGGUUUCUGAUACCACAGGCCAAGAAAGGCAGUAGCGGCGUUGUCCAGCCGUCUGAUCCUCACCAUUCCCCUCUGUCCCAGCAUCCUCUAGCCUACAACUCCACCCUGUCUGAGCACCCUCUGGGUCACACCUCCACCCUGUCUCGGUCAGAGGAGAGGGCCAGUAGCUGCUGCUCCCUCUCCGAACACAGCAUGUCCCCUGGUGAAGGGUUGGGACAACCAGAGGAGGACCGCUACCCAGCCACCGUCAGGGAUAACGAGGGGCAGAAGACUCAUCGUUCUGGGACACGUACCAGUCUCCUUGACCCAGACAGACCUCUGGCCGUGCUCCCUGACGACAACGCUUCGUUCCUCAGCGGGGACAUCCCUGUCAGAAAGCUGCUGGAUCUGCUGCAGAAGGAAGUGGGCAUGCCCAGCGGUAGCAGCGGUGCCGUCUCCUCUGCCUCGGAGACCUCUCGCAACAGGACUAACUUCUUUGGGGGAGAAUCCAGGAGUGACCGUUGUGUUUCCAAACCAGAUGGCUUGAGAGAAGAGAGGGAUGUGAGCCAAAGAGCGCUGCCUGACGUCUCACCUGAGCUGCUGCCUGAUGUCUCGCCGCCAAUCACAGGGAAAAGAGAAGGCCCUCAAGGAGGAGCCUCCGUCUCACCUGAGAAGACGGAGAAACUCAAAAGUAAACAUUCUUCGCGGAUGUCUGAAAGUUCCAACAUCACCAUCCGUUCCCUGAGCAGCCAGCCGGAUGAAAGCAGUAAUGGGUCCCGCAGGCAGCUCUGCUCGGAGCUAGAGAGGAGUCUGGACUCUGAGCCUGGAGCAGAGACCCAGGGAGAUGCCAGCCGUGGGCCCAUACCCUCCUUACACAGUGAAGUCAACACACCUGACAUUGUCACCAAUACACCUAACGUUUCAACCACUGGAUCCGCCAAAGGGAGGUUGAGCGUGACCAGAGGGCUACGGGCCAGUGUGUUAGGGCCAGGGGCUGGGCCAGGGGCUGGGCCAGGGCCAGGGGCAGGGGUCGGGGUCGGGCCCCAGUUUUCCGCAGGGUUCAGUGUGGAGCGAGGCCAUAGGGAGAGAGACCUCUGGUCCUCAGGGAACCAGACAGGCACAGAACCAGACGUCUCGUUCCUGAGCCUUCUCCCCCAGCCCGUGUCCCAGUCCACCCCAGGUGUGUUCCUCCACGCUCCAGUCAGAUCCAGCACUAAGCUGUCUGCCCUCAGCUUUAACAUGGAGGUCUCUCAGCGCUCCUCAGGCUCCAGAGUCUCCUCCCAGCACCAGCCUGCUGUAGACACCCUGCCUGAUAGAGCCACCCCUGUCCGGGACCCCCCUCUGCCUGCCAGAGAGACAGUACAGGAGCCCUCGGGAAGAAGCCACCAUUCUCUCCCCAGUCUUAACUACCUACAGAAGGUUGAUGCCUGGAAGGCCAACCAAAGUUCAAACAAGAUGUCGUUCUAUGACAACUUGUCUCUUCAGGGCUUCUCCGGGGUCUCUCCCAAGCAGAAGGCCUACGAUGCAGUCUCUGACUCUCUGACCCGUAUGUUGACUCUUCCACAGCGGGGCAACCAGACCCUCAGCAUGUGUGAAUCUGGACCCUCCUCCCCUAGCAGAGGGGAGGCAGCAGGUAGUGGUCUUCCUGAGAGAGAGGACACGGCAGGGCCUGUAGGAGGGCCAUCCCCCCUGGGCAGGUCUCAGUCCCACUCCUCCCUCAACACAGUGGUCACGUCUAUCCAGAGAGCUCAGCAUGCACAGACACACACUGACCAGGACAGCAGUCAGGCACAGCCAGAGGAGGAGAGUGCUACAGGGCAGCGGCAGCCCGGGGAGUUGGAGAGGAGCCGGGGAGGGUCAGGGUCAGACAGGGUUCAGUCAGGAGGUGGACCUGAACAGCCCAGUGGUGCUCCAACCGAGCCCUCUCCCUUCAUCAGCCUGGGACGCUUCAAUAACGUGUCAUCAAAGCGAGACGUCCUCUCCAGCUCCCGGGACAGUGGGCAGAACUUUGAGGUGCCCGUCAGGGCUGCUUCUUCUUCUGUGGUCAGUCUGGAGGUGGAUAACUAUGCCCCGUACUGGUCCUCCAAACCAUCCUCACCACACAGGGAGAGGGAGCUCAACAUUGAAGAAAGGAUUCCGAUGUACCUUCACAACCUUGGGAUCGACCAAUCUCCUUCUACGAUCCUCAAUCCCUUUGGACCUCGAGGGCCAAUCAGAGAGCCAGAGUUCUCUCCCACUGAUCUGUGCACCAUACAGGGAUCCACAGCCACUGGCACGCCAACCAAGAGCGCACAGCCUUCUGAAGGCGACAGCCCUCAAAAAGGAGAGUUCUCCAGGUCCAGCCUGCUGUCUGUGGCCUCAAGCAUGUCUCUACCUCUCAGUGUGGACAGCCUCCAUCUCCAUCCCAUAAGGAGCCAGGCAGAGAACACCAGGAGCUGCCUGUCCCCCUCUCCGGGACCAGAGAGAGACAGGUCUCCCAGCCAGGGCAGUCAGAGGAUGGCCUUCUGCCCCCCAGUGGAGAACACAGUGCUCCAGGACUCCCAGCAGGAUCCUCACUGCCUCCAGCCAUCCUCCCCUGCACCACAGUCCACCCAGCCCCUUGACUUCUACCAGCUCCCUGCACCACAGUCCACCCAGCCCCUUGACUUCUACCAGCUCCCUGCACCACAGUCCACCCAGCCCCUUGACCUCCACAUCUACCAGCUCCCUGCACCAGAGUCCAAAAAUAAAAAGUACCCUGGUUUGCUUCCGGACCUACAGUCCACUGAACAACAUCAGAGAGACAGCAGAGUGAAUGUCUCCACCCAGGCUGCUAUAGAACUGGCAGGGGGGCUUGAGUCCAGUGCUGACAGCUUAUCUCAGUACAGAGAUGGAGACAGAGACAGUUUAUACAGGAACAGAGACAUGGACAGAGACGUCUUGUCUCAGUACAGAGAUGGAGACAGAGACAGUUUAUACAGGAACAGAGACAUGGACAGAGACGUCUUGUCUCAGUACAGAGACAGUGCAGUAGCGUCCUGUCCCCAGGUUAACACCACCAUGGAUCGUAGUAAUCCUGAUGAUUCCUUCGUAGGCUCCCAGACUCUGCAGGACAUUAGGCUUCUGCUGGGCCGGGCUGAAAACAUUGUUUCUGGUGGGUCCUCCAUCUCUGGCGCCUCCUCCGGCGCCUCCUCCCACCUCCUCCACUCUGACGACGACAUGCUGCUCCUCUCUCUCAGGAGGAAGAUGGAGGUAUUCCAGGACUCCUCCUUCACCUCCUCCUCUGGUGGGGCCGGGGUGGGGGACCCAAGGAGUCACUGCUCCUUGCUUUGCUCCUCCUCUGACUCCAUGCUGCCGGCAGUUAGGAAUAGGGAGAGCUCUGCCUACAGCGGGGAAGGUCAUGUCAGGCUAACCAGAGAAGCAGAGCAUCAGUCCACACCUGCCAGAGAGGAGUCUGGGAGACUACUACAGGACAGAGAGCAUUAUGGAAGACCACAGGACAGUUCUGAAGACAGAGAGCAUCAUGGGAGACCAAGGGACAGUUCUGAAGACAGAGAGCAUCAUGGGAGACCAAGGGACAGUUCUGAAGACAGAGAGCAUCAUGGGAGACCGAGGGACAGUUCUGAAGACAGAGAGCAUCAUGGAAGACCAAGGGACAGUUCUGAAGACAGAGAGCAUCAUGGGAGAUCACAUGACAGUUCUGAAGACAGAGAGCAUCAUGGGAGACCAAGGGACAGUUCUGAAGACAGAGAGCAUCAUGGAAGACCAAGGGACAGUUCUGAAGACAGAGAGCAUCAUGGGAGAUCACAUGACAGUUCUGAAGACAGAGAGCAUUAUGGGAGACCACCACAGGACAUCUCUGGCAGUAGCUCCACCUUCCUCCUGACCGAAUCCGUGCGGAGGGCGGAGCCUGAGGGCUGCAGUGCUGGCCUCUCGGACACGCGGAUUGGCCCUGUGCUGUUGUCAGUUAUGCCGGUCAGCCAACCUGGUCCCUCAUUGGGUGAUGCUGGCGUUGGCAAGCUGCAGCAGGCUCCAACAACAACAGUGGGAGGAGGACACACAGAAGUGCAGAUGGCUCCAGAAGAGGGAAGCUCUUCGUCCUCUUCGUCCUCCUGUCCCGUGGGCUCUGAGCAGGGGUGUGGAGGUCUGUCUGAGCCGGCCCACGGUGGGGAUCAGGGUGGAGAUGCUCUGAGUGAUGGUGGCAGCAGCAGCAGUUCUCUAGCUGCCAGGGUAGCCAGGCUGCUCCAGAGUGAGUCCCCAGCCACGGUGGCGUCCCUGUCCAGCCGAGCCAGUACCGCCACAGCAGACCUGGAGGAGAGCAGAGCCAGAGAGUGGCUGAGGCUGAAGGUGUCGGGGCAGCUGUGUGAAACUCUGGAGCUCAACAUGGAGGAUAGACAACGCAUAGAAGAGAUCAAGAGAGAGAUACUCUUUAAACACCCACUACAGAGCACGGACACGGACAGCAGUACUGCGUCCAGCCUUGUAGGUCCAGGGGGCCAGCCUCCCUCCCUACCCCAGCCUGAGGAGCAGUUGGUUGGGGAGAAGAAGCAGUUCAGGGCCCUGAAGGUAGCAGAGGACUGUCUGUCCCACCAGCUACAGCAGCUGAGCAGGAACCCGUUUGAGGACAGCAUUGAACUGCGUACCCCUCUAAGGCAGGACCUAGAGGGCCGGGUCAGACAGAUCGCCCUCCGAGAGGGGUUAUACGUCCUCCCUAGAACGCACCCUCCACCCCUCACCUCCAUCACCAUUGCCAGCUCACGCCGCUCCCCCCUCCCCGAGCCUCUACAGGUGUCCCAGUUCACAUUAGAAGGGGUCUCCCAACCCACAGUGCAAGGGUGGCUACCUCAGACACGGCCCCAGCAGCAGGGGAGAGAGAGCACCACCACCUCGACACACUGCUCCAUGUCCAGAGACACAACCACCAUGACUGGAUCACAGGCCAACAGCAGCAGUCUGUACCCCAGAGACAGAAAGACACGCCUGGGCCAGGAGCCGGGACAGGGGCCGAGACAGGAGCCGGGACAGGGGCCGAGACAGGAGCCGAGACAGGAGCCGGGCCUGGAGCCGGGCCAGGAGCCGGGACAGGGGCCGGGCCAGGAGCCGAGACGGGAACCGGGCCUGGAGCCGAGACGGGAGCAGCUGCCUGGUAGAGACCAAGAGAACCCCUUUACUGGUCUUCCCCACUCUGCAGCUCCUCUCCCUCUGACCCCAGUCAUGUACGGGCAGAUUUCCCGGUCUCACCCCGACGAAGGUCGUCCUGGGUCCAUCAUGGGUUCUGGAGCAGACUGGGUCUCUGGAGCUUGGACCACCAGGACGGGUCAGGUGUCCCACCUCCACGUCACCCUCUCCCCUGGUCCUAAAGGGGCUGAAGAGAGGUCCCGGAGACUUCUGUCUUUUGCUCCUGUCAGACACUCCUCUGCCGUCUCCAGCAGUGUUGACGAAGACGAGAGCCUAGGUUACGCCCCCGAGCCUGCUCCGGCCAAUAAGACGGGGUCGCAGGAGAACAGAGAUCCAAUUUGGAGACAGGGGCAGGAGACGGCCGACGCCUCAGUCCAGAUCACCACGGCAACCUCCACCUUCCCACAAUGCUUCACACCUCCCCAGAGGCUGACUGGUACCGGUCCGUCUAGGCAGGCGGCGCUGACGGUUCUGUUGCCGUAUAAACCACACGGUAGUGAGGAGAUGUUCUACGUACCCCAGACGCUUCCUGAGCCACAGCUUUCCCCCAUACGAUCUGACUCCACCAUGGAGAGUUCCCACCCAGGCUCGGACGACGCGGUGCCCCCUCGCUUCAACAUAGAGAUCCUGGGGUCACGAGAGCAGCAGGUGGACAGAGGGGUAAACAUCAAACACACAGAGGGUAUCUACAGCAAGAGACAAAGACUGGGAGAAAACUACAGUAUGGAGAGGACAGGUACCACCGUGCCAGACGAUGAAGGCCAACCAUUGGUUGACCAGCGUACUCCACAGUCAAAAUGCUUCUCUCAUGUCACAGGAGGGUUAACCAGAGUACCUGCUAUACCAAUCACCACCACUAGAGGACCUGCUGGACCAACCACCACCACUAGAGGACCUGUUAUACCAACCACCACCACUAGAGGACCUGCUGUACCAACCACCACCACUAGAGGACCUGCUGUACCAACCACCACCACUAGAGGUCCUGCUAUACCAAUCACCACCACUAGAGGACCUGCUGUACCAACCACCACCACCAGAGGUCCUGCUAUACCAAUCACCACCACUAGAGGUCCUGCUAUACCAACCACCACCACUAGAGGUCCUGCUAUACCAACCACCACCACUAGAGGUCCUGCUAUACCAACCACCACCACUAGAGGUCCUGCUAUACCAACCACCACCACCAGAGGUCCUGCUAUACCAACCACCACCACUAGAGGUCCUGCUAUACCAACCACCACCACUAGAGGUCCUGCUAUACCAACCACCACCACUAGAGGUCCUGCUAUACCAACCACCACCACUAGAGGUCCUGCUAUACCAACCAGCACCACUAGAGGACCCUCUGCAGCCAUGAGAGACCAUGGAACCUCAAUCACCACCUCCACACACACCCAGGGUGUCCCAGACACAGACCACCCUGUCCAGCCCUCCCUUCGCUGCAGCCUGGGGGUAGGGGAAGAGGAGCUGGAGGUGUUUCAGCCUCUGCAUGUAGAGAUGGACUAUAGUUCCAUGGACCUCCACCAUCACUUCCCCAAAACCCACCAUCUCCAAAUGGACCACCAAAUCUCCAACGCUCACCUUGUCCGAACCUCGGCCCCUCACCCAGGGAUGGAGCGAGAGCCGUUGAGGCGGGACCACAGUUUAGCCCAGCGGAGUGGCAGCACUCUGGACCAACUGUGGCGCAGGUUCAGUGAGAGGUGGAGCCUGGAGGAGGCCCGGCCCACCAAUGAGAGAGAGGCGUCCCUGCUGGAGCGGCUGGAGCGUCUGUCCCGUCUCAUCCACAGCACCGGGACCUCCGCCCCGCCAGAGCCAGAACCAACGCAGCAGACUGAUACCACAGAACAAGAGGGAGGAGGGAGGAGAAGAGAACGAAAGAGUGGUAGGAAGGAGGAAGAGAGGAGAAGAGGAGGUGUGGAGGAAGGGAGGAGAGAGGAGAGCAGCAGUGGCCGGAGCGAUCCCCAUGCUAAAGCUAACCAGGCUAAGGCUAGUGUUCCCCGCCAGGCCUGGGAGCAGCAGGAUGAGGAGCCCCGGCCCGCAGAGGGGGAGGACAGCUCUAGCCCCUCCCAUGGUCCGGCCCACAGCUUUAGCCCCUCCCACCUCCCGGCCCGCAGCCAAUACCUGUGUCCAGCAGAGAGAGAGAGGUCUGGGAGUGUCUCAGGGGAGACCAGCAGCUCCAUGUCAACAAUAGACACAGCCCGACUGGUGAGGGCCUUCGGAGCCCACAGGGUCAGAGGGCUGAAUACACAAGGGACCAAUCACAGGACCAGCCACAGGACCAAUCACAGGACCAGCCACAGCCUUAGUAAACUGUACAACACCAUCCUCCAGCAGAGGCAGAGCAAGGAGCAGAGGAGAGGGAGGCCCAGAGAGACUCUUCAUAUCCCCCCAGUCCCCUCAGAGUCUACUGGCACUGAUAACUCUGUAAUUCCAGCUGACUCUGCAUCUUCAACCAGCACCUACACCCUCCCCUCGCAUCGUGGCCCCUCCCACUCCAAGAAGGCAGUCAAACAUGUCAGCAAAGGUGUACAGGCAGGGGACCUGGAGAUUGUGAGGUACGGAACACGUCGCCACACCCGAGACGUCGGCACAACGUUCCCCUCGCCAGGCUCAGCCAGGGGUGCCAGGGUGCUCCCCUCCUCACACUCUGGUAGCAAGAGGGGUAGAGCGGGGGACAGGAGCCCUCCUAAAACGCAGAGAAAGAGGAAGAUGAGCCAACCCUCUGCCAGGCCCUACUACCCUCAAGGUGUAUCAUGGUACAUCCCUGCUGAGGACCCGAGAUCUGAGGGCAGGAAGGAGAACAAGCCGGAGCAGCAGCCUCCCCAGGGCCCGGCCUGGUUUGAACCCUACAGCAGAACCACCCGGCCCUGGAGAGAACCACUCAGACAGAGACAAAUACAGGCCAGGGAAAGACUGACAGACAGACUACAGACCAAUCAGCUGGAGGCUGACCGCGACAGACCCAGUGAGAGGCAGCACACCAAGCGCAGCAUCAUCACCCCUCCUGGGCCUGAACCCACUGGCAACGCCCCCGCCGCCCUGGUCCGCAUCUCUCUCCAGGUCUGGUUCACCACUCUGUGUUUCGCUGUGUCUGUUACCUACUCUGUGUCUGGUUCACUACUCUGUCUGUUGCCUGCUCUGUGUCUGUUGCCUACUCUGUGUCUGGUUCACUACUCUAGUUUGUGUCUCGGUACUCUGGGAGAGGGUGGGCGUCUGUGUCUGCUGCAGGUAGAGGAGAGGACUCUGUGUCUGUUGCCUACUCUGUGUCGUCUUCUGUGUCAGAGACUCUGUGUCUGUUGCUCUUCUGGUUCCAACCCAGAAGACCAGGGAGACUGUCCCAACUCCGCAGUUGCCUACUCCCUCCCCUAG